AUGGCCGACAGUGAAGAUGCCAAGAGCGGUGAUGAGCGUCCCAAAUGGGAUAACAAGGUCCAGUACCUGUUGACCUGCAUCGGCUUUGCUGUGGGUCUGGGUAAUGUGUGGAGAUUCCCAUACCUCUGUCAGGUCUACGGUGGAGGUGCGUUCCUCAUUCCCUACCUGAUAGCGCUGGUGUUUGAGGGUCUUCCCCUCCUCUACCUGGAGUUGGCCAUCGGCCAGCGUGUGCGUCUGGGCAGCAUCGGAGUAUGGAAUUCAAUAUCCCCUUACCUGGGAGGAGUAGGUGUGGGUUCUAUGAUGGUGUCCUUCCUGGUGGCUGUGUACUACAACACCAUCUUGGCCUGGGUCCUCUGGUACUUCUUCCACUCCUUCCAGAACCCUCUGCCCUGGAGUCAGUGCCCGCUCAACGAGGACCUCACAGGCUACGUGCAGGAGUGUGUGGACAGUACUCCCGUCAACUACUUCUGGUACCGGCAGACACUGAACGUGACGCCCGACAUCGAGAUCAACGGGUCCCUCCAAUGGUGGCUUGUCGUGUGCCUGGUCACAGCCUGGUGCAUCGUCUACAUCUGCUUCAUCAGGGGGAUUGAAACCAUCGGCAAGGCAGUGUAUGUGACGGCCACAUUCCCAUACCUAGUGCUGACCAUCUUCCUGGUCCAGGCCUUGACACUUCCUGGAGCGACAGAUGGCCUCAUCUACCUCUUCACACCUGAUUGGAACCUGCUGCUGAAUCCCCGAGUGUGGCUGGAUGCUGCAACUCAGAUCUUCUUCUCCCUGUCUCUGGCCUUUGGUGGCCUCAUAGCCUUCUCCAGCUACAACCCACAGAAAAAUGACUGUGAGAGAGAUGCUGUUCUGGUAGGAUGCAUUAACAGUGCCACUUCACUGUAUGCCUCCAUCUCAAUAUUCGCCAUUCUGGGCUUCAAGGCAACCACAAACUACGACACCUGUGUGCAGGGCAACAUCUUGGCACUCACCAACGCUUUUGAUGUUGCCGAUCAGAACAUAACCUCUGACAACUACGACAACUGGCUGGACCACUUCAAUCAAACAGAUCCUGCUAAAGUCUCCAACUUGAACCUCACCAAAUGUGACCUCCAGACAUUCCUGGAUGAGAGUGCAUCAGGAACAGGCCUGGCCUUCAUCAUCUUCACUGAGGCCGUGAUUUCGAUGCCGGGCUCUCAGGUGUGGGCUGUGCUCUUCUUCGUCAUGUUGUUCAGCUUGGGGCUCUCGUCCAUGUUUGGGAAUAUGGAGGGGGUCCUUGCCCCUCUGCACGACCUCAAGGUGGUGCCCAAGUGGAUGCCUAAAGAACUCUUCACCGGCAUUGUUUUUCUGGUGUCGUGCCUGGUGGGUCUGGUCUUCACCAUGGGCUCAGGGAACUACUGGCUGGAGAUCUUCAACAACUAUGUGGGCUCUGUGUCCCUGCUCAUCAUCGCCUUCUUUGAGCUCGUUGGCGUCAUCUUCGUUCAUGGAAUGGGACGGUUCAGUGAUGACAUUGAGUUUAUGACGGGGCGGCGUCCCAACCUGUUCUGGAAGGCGUGUUGGAUGUGCAUCAGCCCACUGCUGCUGCUGGUCGUCUUUGUAGCCUACAUCAUAGUUCAGGUCCAAACAACACCCACCUAUCCAGCCUGGAACCCAGACUAUGUUGACUUUCCCUCGACUGAGGUCAAGCCGUACCCCACUUGGGUAUUUGCCAUCUGUGUCCUCUUGGUGGCAAUUCCAGUGGUGCCCAUUCCCAUAGUGGCGUUAUACAGAUUUAUCAAAAAGAAGUUGGGCAGAGAUGAGAGAUUAGAGGAUAGCGGACCAAAUCCAUAUGCCAACGAGGGCUUCAACAUGGACUCAGACACGUAGACGGCAAUGGGGACUAGCGUGAUGAUAAUGAGAACAACAUUACAUACUGUUUGAUACUGUUUCAAUGAAGAGAACUGUGCACUAGUUUUCUGUACUUUUUGCGUUAUGGAAAACCUUUGGAUAACUUCCAAGACAAAAAAAAUUAUAUUGAAAUGUUUAAGCUUCUUGUUUAAGCUUUUCCUGAUGUAAAAAGAAUCACAACUGCCAAAGAGAUCCCACAGCGGAGGAGUACUCUAAUGGUCAAGAGUGAAUCUAGUGGCAAAAUAGCAGUCUUCUGUUCUGUUUAACUUUGCAGUAAUUGUAGCUCAGUAUAUGCUUCAUAUGUGAAGACAUUUGAAAUGUUCAACAAUGUGAACAUACAUUUUAAUUUAUAGAUUUUGUCUUUGUAACACACAUCUACUGGUUGUUUUUCAUGUGAAGUAUUUAUUUAUCUUCUGGAAAUAAAAGUGCAUAGAACAUGGAAAAUCAGAAACCAUCUUUGAAUAAACAUUAAUAAACAUAU